AAUCUUCUCAGAGUGAUGAAGAAACAAUUCAAAGUUUGAUUAAUCAAUUACCAUAUAAUAGUACACUUAAUGCAAAUGAAUAUAUCAAUAUUGAUAAUCUUGAUAGAGAUGUUGAUCUAACUAAUGAAGAAAUUAUUGAUAUAAUUCAAAAUAAAACAAAUAAAAAAGUUGAAAAAGAACCUGUUACUAUUGAAAAUGCAGUUAUUAGCAUAAAUAAUAUUCUACAAUUUGUAGAACAUCAUUCAGAAUUAGAAAUUAAUACUGAUGAAAAACAACUUCUAUAU